GAUUUAAACGAAAAUAUAGUCGACAACAAUUUGGAAGAAAACCCGGAUGCUCAUACUAUGAUGAUGACUUUAGAGCAAGAACCUAGAGAGUUGGUACACGGUAAUAUGGCAAAUUUUAGCACUGUCAGUACCUCAUCUCUGGAUCCCAUCAAUCAUGAUCCAUCUUCGUUAGUAAUGCCAAAUAUUCACAGUGAUUAUCAUCCUACUGAAGAAGACUGUGAAUCUGAUGACUUAUCUAAUAAUGAAGUAUUAUUGCUCACGAUAAUACCACUAAAAAAGCAGUAAAGCGACUACUGGGUAUCAAUACUAAGAAAAGUAAUCAAAAACUAAGGGAAAAAGGAAAAAAAAUAUUUGGGAUAUCGAAGACCAGCAAACCAAACAAAUACCUUCCACGAUACACAGAAAGAGGAGAGUAAAUUGGGACCAACAUGUACCUCGACGUUUUGUGCUAGAUCUAAAAACAGAAAAUGUCAUCUAAAGAUGUAAGACAAGAGAUGUUUUCAAAAUUUUGGGAUCAAAGAAAAACAUUACGGUUACCAAAGAAAGUCCAAAACAACGUAAAACUGAAAAUAAAGAAGAAGACUUAGUGGAAAACUCAGAUAUACCCUGAAAGCUGGUAAAGAAAACAUCCCCGUCUGCAAGAAAAUGUUUUUGUCCACACUUGGUCUUCAUGAAUGGCAAGUUAAUAAUUGGGUUGCUCGCAGUAAAUAUGGGAUAAAUGAAUACAAAGAAAAACAGAUAAAAUCAAAAGGAAUCUCAAGGUCUUUUCGGGUUCCCAAUGAAUUCAUGAAUUCAUUUAUAGACAACCUGAAUAAAUUGCCUUCGCAUUAUUGUAGAAAAGAUACUAAUAAAAUGUAUUUAGAGCAGUCAUUAACGACAAUUACUGAGCUUUACAAAGUGUCCGCGAAGGAAUCAAAUGAAACGGCAAUGAGCCAAAAUUCCCUGACCAAAUUGUUAAAAAACAAAAAUAUCUCACUCUAUAAGCCAAAGAAAGAUGAAUGUGAUACUGUUGUCAAUACCUUACCGAAGAAGAGAGGCAGAAACACCAACAACAAAAAGAUAGAGCUAGAGCGGGAAAGGUAAAUGACAAGGAAGAAAGUUUAAGAGGAGUUAAGCAUGUUGUGACCAUGGAUCUCCAAGCCGUAAAAGUGUAUCCCUCAAUAGUGCUGUGUAUUUCAAAACAAAACUCUGUGUCCAUAACUUUACGGUGUGUAAUCUUGCAACGAGACAGUGUACAUGUUACUGGUUUGACGAGACCCAAGCUGAUUUAGAAGCAUCCACAUUUGCAUCACUUGUGGACUACAUACGAAGACACUUAAGUGAUGGAAAACCCAUUAUUAUUUACUCAGAUGGUUGCACCUACCAGAAACAAAAUAGUGUUAUGUCCAAUGCACUUUUAAAUUUAUCAAAGGAAUUUAAUAUUAUCAUUGAACAAACAUAUCUCGUCAAAGGUCAUACGCAGAUAGAAUGCGAUAGUGUACAUACUACCAUAGAAAGAAAACUACGUAAUAAAAAAAUUUUCCUUCCUGGUGAUUAUGUCCGAAUAACAGAAGAGGCAAGAUCAGAACCAAUUUUAAUGAUAAUUUGAUAUACUCGUCUAUAAGAUCUGGAAGAAAAGCCGGAGAUCCAAAUGUGGUUGAUAUGAGAGCCCUAAAAUAUACACCUGAAGGAAUAAUUUUUUACAAGCUUAAUUUUGAUGAUAAUUGUACACCACUGCCGCAAAGAAUAAAAUGAAAUGAGUCGAUUGUUUGUAAAGAAGUUUUUAAGAAACUAAAGAUUAAAAAAACUAAAUUUAAUCAUCUUCAAGAAUUAAAACCCGUAAUGCCUGAAGACUGUUGGGUUAUUUUACGAUAGCUUAACGCAUUAUGAAUAAUUUUAUUUUGUUUUGCUAUUUUUUUUUUCAGGUAUAGAGAUUUUAUUUAGUUGUAU